GGCCACUCUACCACCAACGGUUUGGUCUUCGUCUGUACACCCGAACCUGGCAUAUUCAUACGGUGACUGCAAGGUGAGCCACAACUCAGAGGCAAGCAGAGUCAGCAAAGAUAUAUGAAAGGGAGGAGAGGGGUUGAACAGAUUAUUACUCUCAGAAACCAGCCCCUUCUACCCUACCGUUCUUCCUCCUAUACAAUACAACAACUACUCUCUUGCGUUGUACUCGGAGCCAGGAUCAGAUGGAUGCCCUUGCUUUGCUGCCUAUCCUGAUCUCUUCUCCUCUCAGGAUGUAGGCAGAUCGAGUAAUCAGUGGCUCACAUUUUGACAAGACACUCAAGGGAGCGGCACUGAUGCUAUAAGGUGAGCCUUGACCUUAUUCCAAGUCUGAUCGAAUAAGAAGGGAUGGCAGAGAUUGCUGUUCUUCUCGUCCUGAAGAAGAUUGCCAUAGCUCUGGCAGGAGAGACCCUAAGUUUUGCUAAACCAUUGCUUGCAAAGAAGUCUGAGUCGGUGGCAGCACUCCCAGAUGACAUGAAACUGAUUAGUAAUGAGCUCGAGCUUAUCCGGGCGUUUCUCAAGGAAAUCGGCAGGAAAGGCUGGAAAAGCGAAGUGAUAGAAACAUGGAUAGGGCAGGUCCGAAGACUGGCUUAUGAUAUGGAAGACACUGUAGACCAUUUUAUUUACGUUGUUGGUACACACGAUCAGAUGGGAUCAUGCUGGGAUUACAUGAAGAAGAUAGCCAAGAAGCCUCGGCGUCUGGUUUCACUAGAUGAAAUUGCUAGUGAGAUUAAGAAGAUAAAGCAAGAGCUUAAACAACUCUCGGAAAGUAGAGACCGCUGGACUAAACCCUUGGAUGGCGGGAGUGGUAUACCUGCAGGAAGCUAUGAAACUGAAAAGGAAAUGUAUCUUCCUGGACAUGAUUACACAAUCAGCGACGAGGAGCUUGCAGGAAUUGAUGAAAAUAAGCAAACCUUGAUUAGUUCAUUAAAAUUUGAAGAUCCAUCACUUCGGAUCAUUGCUGUCUGGGGUAUGGGUGGCGUUGGAAAAAGCACUCUUGUAAAUAAUGUGUACAAAAAUGAAGGAUCCAACUUUGACUGCCGUGCAUGGGUUUCUAUCUCUCAGUCAUAUAGACUAGAAGAUAUAUGGAAGAAAAUGCUGACAGAUCUCAUCGGGAAAGAUAAGAUAGAAUUUGAUCUUGGAACAAUGGAUAGUGCAGAACUAAGAGAGCAAUUGACAAAAACUCUAGACAAAAGGCAGUACCUGAUCAUACUGGAUGAUGUCUGGAUGGCUAAUGUUUUUUUUAAAAUUAAAGAAGUUCUUGUAGAUAAUGGCCUUGGAAGCAGAGUAAUAAUCACAACAAGAAUUGAGGAGGUAGCUUCACUAGCUAAGGGUAGUUGUAAGAUCAAAGUAGAACCUCUGGGUGUCGAUGAUUCCUGGCAUGUAUUUUGUAGGAAGGCAUUUCUGAAAGAUGAAAACCAUAUCUGCCCUCCAGAGUUGCGUCAGUGUGGUAUAAACAUUGUGGAGAAAUGUGAUGGUUUGCCAUUAGCCCUUGUGGCAAUAGGAAGCAUAUUGUCGCUGAGACCGAAGAAUGUUGACGAGUGGAAGCUAUUUUAUGACCAGCUUAUCUGGGAGCUACACAACAAUGAGAACCUUAAUCGCGUGGAGAAAAUUAUGAAUCUAAGUUAUAAAUACUUACCAGACUAUUUGAAGAACUGCUUCCUGUAUUGUGCUAUGUUUCCAGAAGACUAUCUAAUACACAGAAAGAGAUUGAUUAGAUUGUGGAUAGCUGAAGGAUUUAUUGAACAAAAAGGGGCAUGCAGCUUAGAAGACACUGCUGAAAGUUAUCUUAAAGAACUUAUACGACGGAGCAUGCUUCACGUUGCAGAGAGGAACUGCUUUGGUAGGAUUAAAUGUAUUCGAAUGCAUGAUCUUGUGCGUGAACUUGCCAUUUUCCAAUCUAAAAGAGAGGGUUUCAGUACAACUUAUGGUGGAAAUAAUGAAGCAGUGCUAGUGGGAUCAUAUUCUCGACGAGUGGCUGUGCUCCAAUGCAGCAAGGGCAUUCCAUCAACCAUUGAUCCAUCCAGGCUUCGCACCUUAAUUACAUUCGACACCAGCAGAGCAUUAUCUGUGUGGUAUUCUUCUAUUUCCUCCAAACCAAAGUACCUUGCAGUAUUAGACUUAUCAAGCUUGCCUAUUGAGACUAUUCCAAAUUCAAUUGGAGAGCUUUUCAACCUUAGGCUUUUAUGCCUCAAUAAAACCAAAGUGAAAGAGCUCCCUAAAUCUAUUACAAAACUUCAAAACCUACAGACAAUGAGUCUUGAGAAUGGGGAGUUAGUGAAGUUCCCACAAGGGUUUUCAAAACUGAAGAAAUUGCGACAUCUUAUGGUUUCACGGUUGCAAGAUGUAACUUUCAGCGGUUUCAAAAGUUGGGAAGCUGUGGAGCCAUUUAAGGGCUUGUGGACUUUGAUUGAACUGCAAACUCUGUAUGCCAUUACAGCAAGUGAAGUAUUAGUUGCAAAACUUGGAAAUUUAUCCCAGCUGAGGCGGCUUAUAAUUUGUGAUGUAAGGAGUAACUUAUGUGCACAGUUGUGUGGCUCUUUGUCAAAGUUGUGCCAGCUGUCACGAUUAACGAUAAGAGCAUGCAAUGAAGAUGAAGUGCUACAGCUGGAUCAUUUGACAUUUCCAAAUCCUCUUCAAACCCUUAGUUUAGAUGGACGACUGUCAGAAGGAACUUUCAAAUCUCCCUUUUUCUUAAAUCAUGGAAAUGGGCUUCUUAGGCUAAUGUUGUUUUACAGUCAGCUUUCAGAAAAUCCAGUACCACACCUCUCUGAAUUGUCAAACUUGACUAGGUUAUCCCUUAUAAAGGCAUACACCGGCCAAGAAUUAUACUUCCAAGCAGGUUGGUUCCUGAAUUUAAAAGAACUUUACUUGAAGAAUUUGUCCCGGCUCAAUCAAAUAGACAUACAGGAGGGAGCUUUGGCCAGCCUUGAACGUAUAACAAUGAAACACCUCCCGGAGCUACGGGAGGUUCCAGUCGGUUUCAGAUUUCUCAAGUCCCUAAAAACAAUAUUUUUUUCCGAUAUGCAUCCUGAGUUUGAAAGCAGCUUUCAAAAGGAAAUGUAGAUCAUAUCCCGUACAUAUGCAGGACAACAACAUAAGUAUGGUUUGUUUGUAUGUCUACGUGUACCUUCUGUCCUCUCCCAAAAAUAGGGCGGGUUGCAUUGGCGAAAAGUUCAUGAUGGGUGUUUUGAGCUUGGGCAAUUACUGUGGAGAGGAAAUGCAGCACUAGGAUCCAAGCUUUCGAGCAGAAAGCAGCGCUGAAGCUGAAGGGCAUGUCAUGUCAUUCAGGUACCUAGUAGGAUCCAAACCUUCGAGCAGAAAGCAGCACAGGCACUGGCACCAAAGAGGAACCAUAGCCGCCAGGCAACAUCAGUCAUCAGGACCGGUUAAUAAUGUUUAUGUGUGAUAAUGUUGUUUCAAUAAUUAUUUGGAACCAUUUCGAACUCCGAAUACUUGAGAGUCUGUACGAAGCAUUUGGCAAUAAAUACUAUUUCAGAGUAAUUAUAGGA